GUAAAGUGUUAGCAGAAACAAAUGUCUUUAAGUAGCGAAGUAAAUAUUUUGAAGGAAAGAUUUUUUGAGGAAGACAGGCGUUUUCAUAUUAUAGUUCGUCUUUUUCAAGAGUUUAUUGCUAGUAAUUCCGAAGAAAGGGAUGAAAUUUACGUGAAAUUACUAAGUUCUAUACCGGAGCUGGUCUUCUCUGUUAGAAAACAAGAUUUAAUGCGCAAGAUGCACAUUAGGGAACUCCAAGACUUAGAAUCUUAUGAUGCUCUUUUAGUUGAUGAAAUUUCUGCGGUCAAAAAAGAAAUUUACGUUUUAUCUGAUGAUUUGAAGAAGGCCAGACAAAAAAGAGCCAACCGUGUUCAGUACGACAUGAUGCUUAGUGCUGUUAACGAGUAUCCAUCCCGUGAAGAAACCACACAGAAGAUAAGUCAAAUUCAAGAAAAGCUUACUUCCUUGAAGCAUCAAAAAAAGGAUAUUGAUAAAAAGUUUAGUGAAAGAAGAAAGCAAUUUCACACUAUUUUAGCUUCCUCUACCGAUUUGGAGAAAAAUCUACUUUCGAAUCAAGCUGAGGAAGAACUGGAGGUGUCUGCCGAAAUUAGGGAAGGUCAAGAACAAUGUGUAACCCAGGAUCAUGAUGUAAUGCAUGUGGAGUUAUAG